CGAUGCGCAAUUUAAAAUCCAAACCCUUUCUUCUUCUUCCUUCAUUCGCUAGCCACCGUACCAGACCUAAAGCAUCAUGACAACCACCACAACUCGAAACGCCUCCCCCUCCUCCGCCUUUAGCCACCCACAAACCUCCCUGCCGCCGCUUACGGAUACAGAUAUAAUCCAGCUAGCCCAACUAUACCACCCCCAGUCCUCUACUCCCCUCCCUCAGUUCCUCCUUAGCGAAGCUUCGCACGAUACGCUACUCUCCUACCUUCACGCACGCGCCGCCUCUCCUGACUCAUCAUUAGCCGUCGCUGAGUAUGCCUCCGCCCUUCUCUCUCUGACCCACCUCCAUCCUUCUCUCCUAUCUCUAACAUCCUCCCUCAUCCUUUCCUACACCUCUCUUUUCUGUUCCCACAAAAUUCCCCAUGACUGUCAUUCCCUUUCCACUCUCCAGCUCUUCACCACCCACCUCGACUCCGUCUCAUCUCCAGAUUUGGGCUCUAUUCUCGACACAAUUCUCUGCUAUAUCCAUCAAAUUACGGAUUCCGAAGAUACCCACAUUCUAAUUUUUCUCUCCAAGUGUCUUCAAGUGAUUAGAACGUCCACAGAAAUAGAUAAACCUAUCGAUUAUUUUAAUUCUGCUAUAGAUAGAAUGCUUAAUUUCAAUUGGAGUAAUGCUUUUCUGGUGAAAAUUGUGGAAAUUCUGCGCGAUUUUUCCUUUCUUGAUAGAAUUAAGAAGGAGAAAAUUUUGGAGAAAGUGUUUAGUGGAAUGGAGAAAGUGGAGCUGCAGGACUUGCCAGGGCUCGUUUAUCAAUUGCUGGUUUUAGCAUCAAAAGGGUUCGGGAAGAGGAAAGUAAUUGAAGGCAUUGUGAUGUAUUUUGGGGAGAAUUUGGCAGGAAAGGGUGGCUCUACAGUGAGGCAAGUAGAGGGGACUGUGUUGCUUCAUGUCAACUUUGCAGUUAAACAGGACCCUUCAUUGGGGCAAGAGAUUUUGGGGCUUGUCAGAUCGUAUUGUCCUGCGUUUAACCAUUUUGCUGUUACAGUUUUGUUGUCAGUUGCUAGGAUUAGGAGGUUCACUGAGAGCACGAUUGGAGUCCUUAAAACAGCAUUGUUUGCUGCUUAUAAAGACUCAAGCUUAGCUCAGGAUUGCAAAUGGCUAUCAGGUGACUUAAAGGAAGAGUAUCUAAACACAGCCAGAAUGAUGGAGAAAGCACUGCUAGGAACUGUUAAUGACAGCAACCUUGGAAGAGAGCAUGUGGUGCCAAGCAUUGUACAACUUGGAUUUUUACUGCUUGAAGGAGUAGAAGAAGGAAGCCAUAAAGAAUUUGAUAAGUUAGAUGGCAUUUUAGGUCCUGAGGAACUAGGUGCUCAGGUGCUCAGAAGAUUAUUUGAAGUUCAUGAUAUGGCUAGAAAUGAGAUAAUUGAGCAAUGCAAACUUCGAGUUCUUUCAUUGAAGCCUGAACAAGGCCUUCCCAUCGUAAGACUACUUGGUUGUCUAAUCCGGAGAUAUUCAUAUCCGAUGUUGGAACAUGUUUCACAUCUAAAGGCAUUAAUGGAUUAUUUUACAUUCAUGAAUGGCAAGGUCUCUUCUCAUCUGGUUACUGCCCUUUUGCCUCUCAUCAAACAAAGUCAUGAUCUCCAGGAUUAUAUCAUUCUGGUCUUGCGUAAAGCUAUGUUCAGAAGAGAGGAUCCAGUUCGUUAUGCAGCAAUCCAUUCCAUUCUUGAUUUGGUAUUGGGAGAAAAACAAUCUCAAAGAGAUGACACAUUUUCCUUACAAGAAUCAAGCAGUCAAGCUAGUUGUAGCCAGCAGGCUGAAAAUCUCUGUGCAGCUGGAUGUGGCCUUUUCUUGGAGCUCAAUGGGUUGCUGCAGAGAUGCCUUUAUCAGCAGGCAAAAGUCAGGGAAAUCCUUUACUAUGGACUACUAAAGCUUGUUUUGGUGGAUCCUUUAUCUGCUGGGGCUGUUCUUGAUUUUCUAUUGCCUCACUUCUUUCAGUUUUACAAAGAGGUAACUAUGGAUAAAAUUGUAUGUACAUUAUUUUUGCUUACUGCCGAACUGAAAAUUAAACCAACUACACUUUAUCUGGAAACAACUUGGGUCAAUGCUCCUUUUUUCUUGAUGGCCGCCUUGAUGUAUUGUGUUCUCACUAGUCAGGAUGCUGAGGUUCAGCUGAGUGUCAGUCAAUGUGUUAAAUCUGAGAGUGGGAAAAUUUAUAUUGAAGAGCCACUGGAUUGCCUUCUUUCUUGCAUUUCUUGGAUUCUUCUUCUUCAGCAGCAUGGAAAAACUGACCAUUCUUCAGAUUCGUGGACUUCCUUUGGCUUCUCUCUAACACAAGAGAACGAGCAGGCUGGAAGAACACGGUCUGCGGAGUCAUUAUCCAAUUCAUUAUCAAAGAUCCGAAAGUUUCUGAGAAAGGGAGACUUGGAAGGCUUACUGAGUAAAAGUAUGGAUGCUGGGUCUGCACCUCCAGGAGAAGAAAAACACAGAUGCUAUUCUUUGAUUUGGUCUGGGAUCAUUGAAGUAAUGCUGAAUAUCAUUAUCACUGAGUUUGGAAAAGCAACUGAUGCAAAAAAGAUAGAUUUGGAGAAAGAAUUGUUUGAGUUUGUUAGCAUUCAUGAGUGGUUGGGGAAAAAUGUGAAUAUUGCUAAGCAGAGUGGUGGUGUGAAAAGAGGCUUCCUACGCCUUACUGCUAAUGAUGUCUCCGAAAGGAUUGAUUUAAGUAGCACUAUAUUGUCUGAGGAAAGAAUUCCAUUAUUGGCAACCUCAGCCAUCUGUCAGCUAUUGCAUACUGCACAAGAAUCAUGGAAGUCUGUUGGCAUUGACAGCAAUGUGGCCUCCCAGGAUCGUAGCCAGUUAUCCUCUGGAAAGGCUUCGGCUCCAUUUGCUAACAUUUUUCCUUUUGUGUUAGAUAUUUGUUGGCGCCAGUUGAAAUCUUACAGUUGUAUGGCAAAAGAGAAUCCACUAAAGAUGUUGAUUUACGGUGAUAUCAAACAGUUGGGACUGCCACUGCUCAAGAUGAUUUGGUUUCUCUUGUCAGCAUCAAAAUCUAACAAAGUUAACAAGAAGGAUGCCAGUGGUAGAAAAGAUAUUGAUUACAAGAAGGAACAUAUCUACACUUUACUAGUGUGCUUGAAAGAAUUGAUAAAAAUAAAUCUGUGUGACCCUGGAUAUUUGGAUUUAAUGGAUGAUCUGGUGUCCAUCUCUGAACCAAGAAGUGAUGGAUCAGAUAAUGAGUAUGAACGGGCUAAUGGGCUCCUUGAUCACAACAUGAGGAGUGAUGAGGUAUUCAUUAGAAAGAGUAUAUGGGUCUUGCUAAAUGAGCUACUUGCACAUUCUUUCUUCCGGGAAGUUGAGGUAGUGUCAGAUAUAGUAAGUUUAAUUGGCAGUAAAUUGGGUGAAGAGGGGAGGGAUGUUGUUGGCAAUUUGGCAAGGUGCAUUUGUAAAAGCAGAAAUGUAACAAAUCCCAAGGUUGCCAAGAGUAUUAUCAACCUUGCUUUGUCUUUAAGCUCACCACCGAAUGACUUGAUUAUUGCCCAAGACAUGGCUGCAGAGGUGUUAAAAGUUGUAGGGAAAGAGGAUUGUGAUCCAGAAGAGACAUCAGACACUUAUUCUAUUAUAAACAAAUCUACUAGUGCUGCUAUUGCUUCAACAAUACUGCAAUUUCUUGAAUCAAGUAUUGAAUGGAUGAGCAGCAUGAAGUUGAAGGCAAGCUCUUGUUCAUAUCACAAAGGCAGUAGUAGUUCUAGUUGUAGUCAUCAACGUUGUGAAAAGGCUUCAGAAUUGGUUAUGGAAGAAAGUCUAUAUUCAAGAGCAGAAGGUGUUGUAAAGGUGGCAUCCUUUUUUGUAUUGAUGAAUCUCAAGGAUCCCCAGGCAGAACAGUUGUUGAGAUUGGCAGCAAGGUUUUACAAGAAUUUAGCUCGAAUAUCAAAGCUCCAAGUCGCUUCGAAAGGCUGCAAGCAACUCUUACCCAGCCUCAAGUACCAGAAGCUGGUAGAAGCAACUUGCAGGCAGCUAACAGCUCCAAUAUACAAUUUUGUAGCAAAUAUGCAAAAGAAACAACAAGAGGGUGCGGGGGGUAGAGGAAUGGUGAACAAGAUAAAAAGGGAAAACAGAUGCAUCCCUGAGUUGAUCUACCAGAUAGAAGAUUACGAAAAAUACCUUAUCCAGCUUAGCAAGGCAAGCAAAGUGAAUUUGCUGAGGCAUGCAAAGCGUAGCACUUGCAGGGAUUUCAAAAUACUACUGGAGCCUGCUGCAGGUAGUAGUAAUGAUGAUGCUGCAGUUGUUGGUGACAAGAGGGAAUCAUCAUCCGUUGAAGAAAAUGAAGAUGAAGAAGCUGCGGGGGAGGAGAAGGAGAAGGAGAAGGAGGAUUCAGAAGAUGAAGAAGCUGCGGAGGAUUCAGAAGAUGAAGAAGCUGUCCUUUACAAGGCCAAGAGAUCCAAAACCAGGAUAGUGGAGGACUCUGAUGAAGAUGCAGAUGCAGCAGCAUAGGCUAGGAAUACUAAUAAUAAUACUCCGUAAUACAGUUAUGCAGACCUCACAAAGUGUUCAUACACAUUGGAAUUAUAUUC